GUUCUAGCAGCGAGAGCGAAAGCGAGAGCGAGGUCGAGACCAAGAAGCCGGCCAAGGAGGGCGCGAAGGCAUCUAAAGACACUGCUAAAGCUAAGCCUGUCGAGUCGUCCGAGUCCGAAUCUGAAUCUGAAUCCGAUUCUGAGUCUGAAUCAGAGUCCGAUGAGUCGGAUUCGGACUCUGACGAAGAGUCCGCCGAGGACAAAGUUGCGAAGAAGACCGGAGUCAAACAGGCUAGCGAGGACAGCGAGGAGUCUGAAUCCGAGGCUGAAUCUGAGUCCGAGUCAGAGGCCGAGUCCGAGUCCGAAUCUUCCGAAAGUGAGGAUGAGGCUCCGGCCAAGGUCAAGAAACCUGAGCAGCCCGCAAAGGUCAAUGGGGCCAAGGUUCGUCGACUUCGAUCACUUCUCUGAUCACACUGCUAACGACGUUAGAAACCUAAGGAAUCUGCUUCCGAAGAGUCCUCUGAGGAGGAGUCUGAAGAAGACUCCGAGUCAGAUGAGGAUUCAUCUGACGAGUCUGCCUCCGUAG